GGGACAUUCAGUUUCGCGACUGACGAAGAGCUCCGUGCUUCAACCGAAUGGGCCACUGUCUGGUAAAUGCUGACAGAAGAGGCAGGGAGUGUGGAGGUAGCAGAAAGACCUUUUCUAUGGAGAACAUCCAGUCCCUCAAUGCUGUCUAUGCAGCCUCUGGCCCUGUCUACACGAGUGAUCAUGAGGCUCUAGCCUCCACUGCCUACCCGAAAGGCACUAUGACAUUGGGCCGCACUACAAGCCGUGGAAAGGCUACCAUCAUGGGCAGUAGCCCCAGCAUCAGCUCAUCCUUGGGGCAUCUUCAUUUAGAUUCAGUAGCAUAUGGAGAUCAUGGAGCCAUGCACCUCCUCCCACAGCACCAAUGGCCUUCUUCACCAUUGUUGAGACAAGCUGUGCGAGGUGUUGCCAGAAGAGAAGGAAAUCCCCUGAUAGAGCACCUAAGGGAAUUGCAAAUGGACAACGCCAUGUUCCAGCGAGAGCUAGAUGUGAGAGACAGCACUAUUGGUUCUUCGGUCAGCAGUAUCAAAACUUUCUGGAGUCCUGAAUUAAAGAAGAAACGAGGGAUGAGAAAAGAGAGUGUGGCAAAGACAUCCAUGGUGAAAGAGCAGAUGAGUGUAAUGAAGGACAAGAACCAGCACAUCCAGAUGACCAUCCAGGCUUUACAGGAGGAGCUUUGUACCCAGAGAGACUUGAAUGAGCACAUGCAGCAAGAGAACAGUGCAGGCUCAUUAGGUUCACCUCCUGACUGUUUCCCUUACCUGGAGAUCACUGAAGACAACUUCCAUUAUCUCCAAGCUGAGCAUGAGCAGCAAACCAAGGAGCUUUUCCUUCUUAGGAAAACUGUGGAGGAAAUGGAGCAGCGCAUGAAAACGCAGAAGCAGACACUGAGCGCCCGGGAUGAAUCCAUCAAAAAGCUGCUGGAAUUGCUUCAGGAAAAUGGUCUUGCCAAGUCUGGGCUGCCCGAUGAAGAGGGACUGAGGUUCUGCCAUGAUGAGGAUGCACCUGGUCACCUGGGGGACAUGCUAGGGCAGAAAGAGAAGGAAAACAAGCACCUGAAAGAGGAGCUUCAUAGGAGAAACCAACAGACAGAUCCACCCAAAAGCAAAGCCUUACACAGUGUCAUUGACAUGAAGGACACUAAAAUUUCCACACUGGAGCGGAACAUCCGUGAACUGGAAGAUGAGAUCCAGAUGCUGAAGACCAACAGUCUCCUGAACACGGACAACAGAGAUGAGAUGCUCAAGCAAACUGACAUUUACAAGAACCACUCCAAAUUCAUGAAGAGCAAGAUUGAUCAGCUGAAGCAGGACUUAUCAAAAAAAGAGUCAGAGAUAUUGGCCCUGCAGACUCAACUGGAUACAUUGAGCAAUCAGAAUUCAGACUGUAAGCAGCACAUUGAGGUCCUGAAGGAGUCCCUUACAGCAAAGGAGCAAAGAGCAAAUAUCAUGCAGACAGAGGUUGAUGCCCUGAGGCUGCGUCUAGAGGAAAAAGAGUCCUUCCUGAAUAAAAAGAGCAAGCAGCUGCAGGAUGUAACAGACGAGAAAGGCACUCUAAAUGGGGAAAUACGUGACUUGAAGGACAUGCUGGAUGUGAAAGAGCGCAAGAUCAUUGUGCUGCAGAAGAAGAUUGAAAAUCUACAGGAUCAGUUGAAGGAUAAGGAAAAGCAGUUGGGAUGUUUGAGGGACAGAGUGAAGUCUCUACAGACUGACUCCAGCAACACAGACACAGCCCUUGCCACCCUUGAGGAAGCACUCUCUGAAAAGGAGAGGGUGAUAGAGCAGUUCAAGGAGAAGAGAGAGAAAGAGGAGUGGGAGAAACAGGGGGAAAUAGAAGUCUUUAAGAAGGAGAACAAGGAGCUGAAGGACAAGAUUGCUUCCUUGCAGACACAGCUCUUGGAGAAAGAGAGUCUGCUACAAGGGAAGUCAUUGGCCCUUGAAAGUGAAGAGUCAUCACAGAUGAAUUCAGAGAUCUCAGAGCAAUUAAAAGUUCUGGAAAAAGAGGUGACCUUCCAUAAAGAGGAAUCUGGAAAAUUGAAAGCAGAGGUGGACAGACUUUUGGGGGUUCUUAGAGAGUUGGAGUCCGAGCUCACUGAAAAGGACAAUGCAAUCUCUGAGCUUGAAAGGCAAGUGAGGGAACAGGGUAAUAAAAACCUGUCAAGUGCAAAAACCCUGCAGAUGGGAGAAACAAGACCACCUGAUACAGCACCAGAGUGCACAUAUGCACCAUCUGCUGGCGAGAUCAUCACGGAACCCCCCUCCAAAGGCGGUCCAGGGCCCCUGUGUAAUCUGUUCUUUGAUGCAUCAGGAAACAGGGCGGCCUCCGCCGGGCAGCAGACAGGCAGAGCACCGCCCCCAACGGGGCUGGGGCAUUGGGCGUUGUCCACUGCAGGGCUGGAACUUGGGGCAAUGUCCUCAGUGGGGCUGGAACGCUGGCUGACGUCCUCUGUGGUGCUGGAGCUCGGAGAGUCGUCCUCUGCGGGGCUGGAGCUCGGAGAGACAUCCUCAGCAGGGCUGGAAUGCGGGGCGACGUCCUCUAUGGGGCUGGAAAGCUGGGCGACGUUCUCUGUGGGGCAGGGCAGUGGGACAGCUUCCUCGGUGGGACAGGACAGCGUGGCACCUUCCUCGGCGGGACAGGACAGCGGGGCAGCUUUCUCAGCAGUUGAGACCUCCCCGCGGGUCUCUGGCUGGAGACCGGAGGCUCAUAUUACCCAAGAUUCAGCACAAGAGACGGCUGAGAAAAUCAAAGAGCUGGAGAAAGCUCUGCAAGAGAGCAUGAACACCUCUACUCAUAGAGAGGCUUUGUGGGUUCAGGAGGAGCAGGCACAUGCUCUAGCACAGACGCAGCUCGAAGAUCUGAUGGCUGCUUUGGAGAAGACAAGACAGGAACUGGAUGUGACUAAGCAGCAGCUAUCCUCAACACAAAAUUAUCUUGCUGAGAGAGAAAGCCACCUGAGCAGCAUGAGGCAUGAGCAUCGAAAACAACUGGAGGAAAUUCUAGAAAUGAAGCAACAAGCCCUGUUGGCAGCCAUCAGUGAAAAGGAUGCUAACAUAGCCCUACUAGAACUUUCUGCUCCCAAAAAGAAGACAAGCCAUGAGGAGGUGAUGGCCUUGAAAAGAGAAAAGGACAGCCUCAUGUACCAGCUGAAGCAGCAGACCCAAAGUAGGAUGAAGCUCAUUGCUGAGAAUUAUGAAGAUGGUCACUAUUAUCCCCAUCAUCCUCAUCAUCCACAACAUAGUCACCCCGGACACACUCACUAUCGUAGACCAUCAAGAGGACUGUCCAUUCACAGCAAUCCUCAACCUGAGAAACCUGAGCAACCUGAGCAGGAUGAUGAAGAGGGCAUCUGGGCAUGAUUUUUGGUCUGGCCUGGCCUGCUGCUCCUGUUCUGUUCAAAAGGG